UCAUGCCACGUCUCGGCUCAGAGCCUCUUGACACUAGCUGGCUGUGUAACAUGUGUUCUGGUCAUGACAAGUUGUAUUUUGUGGCACAUCAUUCAGUAGCACUUGUAUGUCGUGGCACCAGCACUUAACGCUAAGCCAGCUACAUAAAGAGCAGCCACCACGAGGACACUGGUGUGGAAAUCUAAUCAGCACAAAAAAAUGGUCAUUGUCAUUGGCCUUGAGGGAAGUGCCAAUAAGAUUGGUAUUGGCAUAAUUCAAGAUGGAGUAGUUUUGUCAAAUCCUCGCCGAACAUACAUCACCCCACCUGGUCAAGGAUUUGUUCCCCACGACACAGCCAAGCAUCAUCAGGCAAAUGUACUAGAAGUCCUCAAUGAAGCUCUUUCACAAGCAGAUGUCACUCCCCAGGAUAUAAGUGCCAUAGCUUACACAAAGGGUCCUGGAAUGGCUGCACCACUGAUCAGUGUGGCAGUAGUGGCCCGCACCAUUGCCCAGCUGUGGGAUAAACCACUUGUUGCUGUCAAUCAUUGUAUUGGACAUAUUGAAAUGGGAAGAUUGGUAACGGGUGCAAAAAAUCCAACUGUACUAUAUGUAAGUGGAGGUAAUACACAAAUAAUUGCUUAUUUAGAAAAAAGAUAUAGAAUAUUUGGAGAAACUAUUGACAUGGCUGUUGGAAACUGCUUGGACAGAUUUGCUAGAAUUUUGAUGCUAUCCAAUGAUCCAAGUCCUGGAUAUAAUAUUGAACAAAUGGCAAAGAAUGGUUCAAAAUAUCUUCCUCUUCCAUAUUGUGUGAAAGGUAUGGAUGUUUCAUUUUCUGGUAUUCUUUCCUACCUGGAAGACCGUGCAGAUAAGCUUCUGAAGAGUGGGCAAUAUACAAAAAGUGAUCUUUGCUUUUCUCUUCAGGAAACAAUAUUUGCGAUGUUAGUGGAGACCACUGAACGAGCUAUGGCUCAUUGUGGCUCACAAGAAGUGCUCAUUUGUGGAGGUGUUGGCUGUAACCUCAGGUUACAACAGAUGAUGAAAAUAAUGUGUGAGGAGAGAGGAGCAAAACUCUAUGCAACUGAUGAAUCAUUCUGUAUUGACAAUGGAGCCAUGAUAGCACAGGCUGGGUACCUCAUGUACACGUCAGGCAUCACAACUCCACUGCAGGAUACUUGGGUAACACAAAGGUUUAGGACUGAUGAUGUUCAUGUGACCUGGAGGGAGUAAAUAAAAAUAAAAUUUUG